AGAGUUUGACCUCCCUUUGGUAUGUGUUUCAUCACUUAAGUAAAUGAUAGCCGAUAGCUGAAUACAUUCAAUCGACCAAAGGGAAAUGAAAAGGAACAUAGUUUGAUAAAUAAAUCCGAAAUAAUUGCCUAUCGCCAAGCCAAACAAUUCCACAAUCUCUUUUAUCAGGUUAUCUCGUACCCAUUCUCCCAUUAAAAUUUUUCACUCAUAAAAAAUGAAUGCGUCUUUAGUGUUGCCAUUGAUACCAAAACUUAAAAUGCCCUUUGUGCGGGCUUAUUUCGUUUGCUCAUAAGGACAAAUAAAGCGAAAGAAGCAUGAGAUUCUCCUCUGCAGUGAUUCUGAUAACACUCUACAAUUGUCUAACCGUGAUUGCAAGCAAUCAUCAAGAUAAGAAUUGCAAGACAAUGGCAUUCAGGGACAUCCAUAAUAAAAAAAUUCUUAAAAAUCACACUACAUACAACAUUACGGGGAUCGAUGAGGAGGAUUGCAGCGUGAAAUGCUAUCUGAAUGACUUCUGUCAAUCAACCAACUAUAACCACACGUCAAAGACCUGUCAUAUCAACACGUCAACUCGUCACCAGCACCCGGACGACCUUGUGGAUGAUCCAGAAACCUCUUAUAGAGGAACAGAGAAUGAUUGCAUUCCUGGAUCAUGUUCUGCGGACAGAAUGUGCAAGGCGGACUUUAAAGUUGGCGGAUUUUCUUGUGUUUGUCCUGUCGGAUCAUCAAAAUGCGUUCCUACAAACUGCGCUGAGGUUCUGUCCGGUGGUGGUACCACUAGCGGGGUGUACAUGGUGGAUCCUGCCGGACAGGGAGCAUUCCAGGUCUUUUGUGACCAGAAAACCCUCGGCGGUGGCUGGACCGUGUUCCAGAGACGCCAAGAUGGCUCCGUUGACUUCUGGCGAGACUGGGCCGAGUACAAAAACGGGUUUGGUGAUCUCCAGGGAGAGCAUUGGCUAGCACUGGACAGGAUCCACAGGCUGACCAAUGCAGUCGCUAACGAGCUGAGAGUGGACAUGGUGGCCGAAGCGGGGGAGACGGCGCAUGCUCAGUACGGUCAUUUUACAGUCGCGGCGGAGUCCGACAAAUAUCGACUGAGUGUGAGCGGUUACAAUGAUUGCAAAGCAUUCUGGAAGAUCCUGGGAAAAAAUCACGAGGGGAGGGCCAGUCAACACACCUCUCCCCAAAGUCAGACAAAUCAAUUCGAAGUCAUUCAGACCCAGAAUAGCAAUAGACGCCAAGAUGGCUCCGUGGACUUCUGGCGAAACUGGGCCGAGUACAAAAACGGGAUUGGUGAUCUCCAGGGAGAGCAUUGGCUAGGACUGGACCGAAUCCACAGGCUGACCAAUGCAGUCACAAACGAGCUGAGAGUUGACAUGGAAGCUGACGCGGGGGAGACGGCGCAUACACAGUACGGUCACUUUUCAGUCGCGGCGGAGUCCGACAAAUAUCGACUGAGUGUGGGAAGUUACAAUGGUAACUAA